ACAGCCAGCGCAGAGGGUGUUCGCCUAGGAGGGUAUCUCUGUCUCCUGUUAAGUUUUGCGGAUGAUGCCAUUGCUACCAAACUCGUCGACAUUUCUCCAUAUUUACAUUUAGUUACAUAGUGUCUGUCCUGUCUAAACCUACAAGAUGCCUUUUCCUCCAAUCAAUCUACACCAGCGGAUCACGUCCCCAGGGAAGGAACUGUUCAGGAAAAAGAAAUCUAACAUCGUGCCUCCUCAGCCUCUGCUUAGUAGUAAAAUGAAAGAAGAGAAUGAUUCUGAGAAGGAGAAGCUAUCUACGUCUUGGCCAUCGGCGAAUCUGAAGCAGUUGGGGCGAAAGCCACAACCACAGAAGAGCAAAUUUCCCACACACGUAGGAGCUGGUGGUCUGGGAAUGGAGGGCAAGAACUCCUGGCUGACGUUACCAAAAGCCUUGGCAAACUCUUGUGAUAGCGUGCCGCGCUCGAGUUCUGGGGAGUCCGCCACGCAGAAGAGCAGCAAGCACUCUUCUCGGAGUUCCCUUGCCAAGGACGACGGAGAGGAAGAAAUCCACUUCUCUCUGAGCCUCACCCCGGAGGCGAUUCUUGUCAUUCAGAAGCGCAACUUGGAGAAGCAGAUGAUGGCAAAACAACAGAAGUGUUGCACCUCUGCGGACUUUCGGCACCGCCGCGUCUUCCCUUCCAGACGGGCACAGGGAGCAUCCAAAACGCACGUUCCUGUUGCCAAGUUGGAGAGCCCUGAAGACAUCAGCGCCAUAGUUAAAAUCUCGCUGUUAAAUGAUCAGUAUAAAUAUGACGACGUGGAGUAUGAAGAGGAGGACGGUGAUGUGGACGAAACAGUCAUGAGGAAAUGCAAAGAGUGGCUUAAAGGUGUGGAAAGUGCCGCUGCCUUUGGGAAAGUGGACAAACUGGCGACUCUUCCGCAUCUAAAAAGCUGAAAACUGUAACUGGGCACUUUAAAUUUCCGCGUCCAACGAAAGGCAAGGCUACUCAAUAAAUCAGAAGGAACACUGCUCACUAACAAGAAGGCCAGAUCUGUAAACACAUCUAAGUGCAACGUUUCUUUGUCUGGUGUGAGAACAGUGCUUAUGUUAUCUUAAUUGCACGCAGGCAUUGCCGUUAUUUUGGGCGCUAUAUGCGCUCUUUCUUGCACAAGGCUUUGUUGUUUUCAAGGAGACGCCUUUAUUACUCCCGUGAUUGAACAUUCCAUUGGACUACUAAGAAUUACAAGAACUGGUUAAAAUGUGAAUCCGGGAAAUGUCGAAAUCAACAGGCGGAAUCCACUUGUAACAUGUCUCCCGUAAACGGGGGUCCCUUCCUUUGUGCAGCCGAACAAAAGCUGUCAACGGCAGCGGCGACGUUUACGCGCCUUUCGGUAGUCGAACAAAUGACUUAGAUUUUUAUCACUUUGCCAUGUAAAUGUAUCUUGAGUGCGCGAUGAAAAGGGUGUUAUAUGAACUACAACAGUGUAUUUUGUAUAUAAAGUGACCAUCUUUGUACAGUAUUUAUUAUGCAAGGUAGCGAAGGGUAGGGUAAUUGUUUGCACAAGUGUUUUUGUUUUAAUUUCCCGUCCUUUUAAAAUUGUUUAUACGCAAUAAAAUGUGUGAACAAUGUA